CCAAUCAAUUGAACCACUACGGUGUGGCGCACAGCGGAGAGGCGACGCGCUCUCCAGCAAAACGUCCACAAGGAGCGACGGCUGAGUGCGUAAAAUCUCUCCAAAAAAGAGCAACUAGAAAACUUUUUUGCCUCACUUUAAGAUGUUCAGUCAGGAUUCUUUAGAUCGGCUACGCGAACUCGCUUCCUCAUAAUUUUUUCCUCCUCUCCGUCCUGACCAAGAUCUAACCAGAUUUUUUUGCAGCUGGUGAGAAUAUGUGCGAGAGGCGAUCGGCGAAGGGUAUGGGCUGUCUCUGGUCCCCCAAGGAGAAGCAACGUGGAUUAAACACGAAUUAAUGUGGAAUUUAUCGGAGCCCAAAGGUGGAACGACGACCGGACACAGCGCUUCCUCGUCAGGGACUGACUGAUCAUGGUCGCCGUGGUCCGCUCUCUCAUGGUACUGCUGCUCGCUCAGGUGUUGCUGGAAGGUGCUACGGGACUUAUCCCCGAGGUCGGCCGGAGGAAAUACAGCGAAUCCGGGAAGCAGACCGCGGAGCAGUCGGAGAGCUUCCUCAACGAGUUCGAGCUUCGGCUUCUCAAUAUGUUUGGACUGGGGCGCAGGCCGACCCCGAGCAAGCAAGCCGUGGUGCCGCAGUACAUGGUGGACCUUUACCGCAUGCACUCAGCCAACGGAGACCACAGCAGUAAACGGCCCAAGAGCAUGGGGAAACACGCAGAGAGAGCCGCCAGCAAGGCCAACACGAUUAGAAGCUUUCACCAUGAAGAGUCCAUGGAGGCCCUGGCCAGCCUGAAAGGCAAAACAACCCAGCAGUUCUACUUCAACCUCACCUCCAUCCCCACUGAGGAGCUCAUCACCUCUGCAGAGCUGCGCAUUUACAGGGAUCAGGUCAUGGGAGCUGCAGCCCACAACAACAGCAGCACUAAUGUCAGUGCUCCCGCUGGCGGCUUCCAUCGCAUCAACAUUUAUGAGAUAUUCGGAGUUCCUCACACCACAGAACCUCUGACACGUCUGCUGGACACUCGGCUGGUGCAGGACUCUUUGAGCCGCUGGGAAAGCUUUGACGUCAGUCCCGCUGUAUCUCAGUGGGCCUCUGGAAAAGGCCACAAUCACGGCUUCGUGGUGGAGGUGCUUCACCCAGGGGAAGGGGAGACGGAUGGCGAGCAUGCCAAGAGACAAAGCAGGCAUGUGAGGGUGAGCCGGUCCCUGCACCAGGACCAGGACUCGUGGCCUCAGGCUCGGCCCCUGCUGGUGACGUACGGCCACGACGGCCGCGGGGACUCGGUGCUCCAUACACGGGAAAAAAGGCAGGCGGCGCUCCGCAAACAACGCAGGAAGCACCAGCACAAGGCGAGCUGCAAGAGGCAUGCCUUGUAUGUGGACUUCAGUGAUGUGGGGUGGAAUGAGUGGAUAGUGGCACCCCCUGGCUACCAUGCCUUUUAUUGCCAUGGGGAAUGUCCUUUCCCCCUUGCAGACCACCUCAAUUCUACCAAUCAUGCCAUUGUGCAGACGCUUGUCAACUCAGUCAACUCAAACAUCCCCAGAGCCUGUUGCGUGCCCACUGACCUCAGCCCCAUUUCCCUGCUCUACCUGGACGAAUAUGAGAAAGUCAUUCUGAAAAACUACCAGGACAUGGUGGUGGAGGGAUGCGGUUGCCGGUGAGAAACUGGUGGUCUGGAUAGAAAAAGAAAGCGAACAAGUGGGCAAGAGAGACUGAAAGAGAUCAGAGGUUAUUAUGGACACCCGGUUUCCCAAUGAAGACGUUUAUUUAUAUGAAAGAAAAACAUAAAACAGAGCUAUUGUGGAAGAAGAAAAAAAAACUAUAUAUGAAUAUAUUUAUGUCUACGUAAAAGUUGGGAAAAAUAAAUAUUUUAAUCAAA